CUCUCUUUCUCUCUCUCUCUUUUUAUUUGUUAAAGUCAAUUUUUACCGACUGAAAAUUUAAGGUUAUAAACUGCACAGUCUAUAGUUUUGUAAAUAUUUAGUUUUAUAAUUUUUUAGUUAAUUAACAAUUAUAAAAAAUGAUUAAUAUUUUGUCAAUUGUUAAUAGAAGAAUACCAACAUUAUUUAAAAUACACAGAUCAAUAAUAAUCAACAAUUUUCAAACCCCUAAAAACAAUUACCACUUUAAUUGUUUAUCAAAAAUUAAAAAUCCUCAAUUAAUAAAUAAAACAAAUCAAUUAACUGCUAUUGAUAAAUUUAAAAUUCAUACUGGCAAUGAAUACUCAAAUCCAAGUUUUUUUUCGACACAAGAAAAAAUAAUAUUUGGUUUAUCAGUGCUUAUUAUAGCUAGUGGAGCACUUAUUUAUAUUUGUCGUUUAGAAAGAGAUCCACUUAGUGGAACAUAUCAAUUUAUUUGGGACAAUGACAAACGUAUUGAUGGAAAAGGUGGUGAACUUAUUUAUGAAAAAGUAUUAGAGCGUUAUAAUGAUAAUAUAUUACCAGCUAGUCAUUCAAGUUAUGGUGGAGUUAUGAAAAUAUUAAAUAAAUUGAUUGAAGAAAAUAAACAACAUUCAGCAUUAAAAAAUUAUGAUUGGAAAUUACACAUCAUUGAGUCUGAUGAAGGUGGUGCUUUUUUUGUUCCAGGUGGUAAAAUUUUCAUUGCAACUGGUUUAUUAAAAAUAGCUGAUGAUGAUAUUAAAAUUAAAUUUAUUCUGGCACAUUUAAUGGCUCACAUGGCUAUGAAACAUAAGAAUUGCAAAAAAACUCAAACAAUGUAUCUUCGACUGCUGAGUAAUUUUUGAUUUAUAUUAUUAUUUAAAAAAAAUAAAAUUAAUUUUAUGAAAAUAUAAAUUGAGUAACUUAAUUAUUGUGCAUU